AUGCUCAACAAGAUUGAAGAUGUUUCGAAUGGUAAUGAAGCUUCGGGAUCUGAAGGCAAAAAGAAAGUUGUUGAUGAUGAAGAAGAAGAGGAAGAAUUAUCCAAACGUGAAAAGCUCAUAAGAAAGAAACAUGAUGUUGAACUUGAUAAUCUCUCGAGAGUUCGCAAAGAGUUGGAAGAUCAAGAGAUGGAAGCUGAGAUUGCGAAGGUCACUCUAGUAACUCUGAUAACCCUCUUUCCUCCAUGGCCUAUGGAAAGGAUUCAGAAGGAGGCGGUUGAUGAACCAAGCACACGUUGGUUUGAGUCUUCAGUAUCAUUCGAACCAGAUAGCACUACUGACUCUCUACUUGACUUUCCAAUCACUCCUAGGGCUUUUCUAUUCCGAUACUUUUAG